GCCACAAUCCCGUAAGACGUAAGUAGCCUUUAUAGUUGUAUAUUCUAUUUUAUGUCGAUGGAAUCCAUAAAUUUCUAAUUUUUCAUAACAAACAACUGCCCAUUUCUCCUUUUGGCCUAAAGAUUUCAUCUUUUUUUGCAGAAAGAUCAAAUCUUUAGAAAUGGAGCGUGCAAGAAAGGUUGCUCACAAAGCAAUAUUGAGGAAAUUGCACCAUCACUACCGCCCAAACACCAACAACAAUGGCGGCAAUAUUAUUUCUUCUAGGUAUGUCUCAUCCAUGGCAUCAUCUUCUUCUAGAUUUUCAUGGAUAAAUGAAUCAGGGAUUGUGGGUUUUGAGAGACUACCCCAAACUCGAUCCAUUUCUAUUGAGGCAUUAAAACCAAGUGAUACUUUUCCUAGAAGACAUAACUCUUUAACUAAUGAAGAACAAGUAAAAAUGGCACAGUUUUGUGGGUUUGAUAAUCUCGAUUCAUUAAUCGAUGCAACUGUACCUAAAUCUAUACGGAUCAAAUCUAUGAAGUUUUCAAAAUUUGAUGAGGGUUUAACUGAAUCUCAAAUGAUGGAUCAUAUGAAGGAUUUGGCUUCCAAAAAUAAGGUUUUUAAGUCAUUUAUUGGGAUGGGAUACUAUGAUACUUAUGUACCCCCUGUGAUUUUAAGGAACAUAAUGGAAAACCCAGCUUGGUAUACUCAGUAUACUCCAUAUCAGGCUGAAAUUUCUCAGGGUCGUUUAGAAUCUUUGUUGAAUUAUCAAACUAUGGUUACUGAUCUUACUGGUUUACCCAUGUCAAAUGCUUCUUUACUUGAUGAGGGAACUGCUGCUGCUGAGGCAAUGGCUAUGUGUAACAAUAUCUUGAAAGGGAAGAGGAAAACUUUCAUUAUAGCUAAUAAUUGUCACCCACAAACCAUUGAUGUGUGUAAGACUAGGGCUGAGGGAUUCAAUCUUAAGGUCGUGACAUGUGAUCUUAAGGAUAUCGAUUACUCGUGUGGUGACAUUUGUGGUGUGUUAGUUCAGUAUCCUGGUACUGAGGGUGAAGUUUUGGACUAUGGGGAGUUUAUAAAGAAGGCACAUGCUAGUGGGGUUAAGGUGGUUAUGGCUACUGAUCUUUUGGCAUUGACAAUGUUGAAGCCACCAGGUGAAUUAGGGGCAGAUAUUGUGGUGGGGUCAGCUCAAAGAUUCGGGGUUCCAAUGGGUUAUGGAGGUCCUCAUGCUGCUUUCCUGGCCACAUCUCAGGAGUAUAAGAGGUUGAUGCCAGGAAGAGUUAUUGGUGUUAGUGUUGAUUCUUCUGGCAAGGCGGCGCUUCGUAUGGCUAUGCAGACUAGGGAGCAGCAUAUUAGGAGGGAUAAGGCUACUAGCAACAUCUGCACUGCUCAGGCUUUGCUGGCCAACAUGGCUGCUAUGUAUUGUGUCUAUCAUGGACCUGAAGGUCUUAAAACCAUUGCCCAAAGAGUGCAUGGUCUUGCUGGCACAUUUGCUGCUGGACUGAAGAAGCUGGAGAUAGUGGAAGUGCAACAGCUACCAUUUUUUGACACUGUGAAAAUCAAAUGUGCUGAUGCUAAAGCUAUUGCUGAUAAGGCUUACAAACAUGAGAUGAAUUUGCGUGUAGUGGAUCCGAACACUAUCACUGUUUCAUUUGACGAAACAACUACUUUGGAAGAUGUAGAUAAGCUUUUCAAGGUUUUUGCUGGUGGCAAGGCCGUACCAUUUACUGCAACAUCCAUUGCUUCCGAAGUUGAGAACGCUAUCCCUAGUUCACUUGUGAGGGAGAGCUCAUAUUUGACACACCAAGUUUUCAACUCAUACCACACGGAGCAUGAGCUGCUGAGAUACCUUUAUAAAUUACAGUCGAGGGAUCUUUCCCUCUGCCACAGUAUGAUUCCACUGGGAUCUUGUACAAUGAAGUUGAAUGCCACAACUGAAAUGAUGCCAGUUACAUGGCCUGAAUUCGCAAGCAUUCAUCCUUUUGCCCCAGAAGAACAGGCACGGGGUUACCAGGAAAUUUUCCAUAAUUUAGGUGACUUGUUGUGUACCAUUACUGGAUUUGACUCUUUCUCUCUACAACCAAAUGCGGGUGCUUCUGGGGAGUAUGCAGGAUUGAUGGUUAUUCGAGCAUACCAUAAGUCUCGAGGGGAUCAUCAUCGCAAUGUGUGCAUUAUUCCCGUCUCAGCUCAUGGAACAAAUCCUGCUAGUGCAGCUAUGUGUGGUAUGAAGAUUGUCUCUGUUGGAACAGAUGCUAAGGGAAAUAUUAACAUUGAAGAAGUGAGACAGGCUGCUGAAGCACACAAGGAUAACUUGGCUUCACUUAUGGUUACAUAUCCUUCAACUCAUGGUGUCUAUGAAGAAGGAAUUGAUGAGAUUUGCAAGAUAAUUCAUGACAAUGGCGGUCAAGUAUACAUGGAUGGUGCCAACAUGAAUGCACAGGUCGGUCUUACAAGUCCAGGAUUCAUUGGAGCAGAUGUUUGUCAUCUUAACCUGCACAAAACAUUCUGCAUUCCUCAUGGUGGAGGUGGUCCUGGUAUGGGUCCUAUUGGUGUGAAGAAACAUUUAGCACCAUUUUUGCCAUCGCACCCCGUGGUGUCAACUGGAGGAAUUCCUGCCCCGGAGAAAUUACAGCCCUUAGGUACCAUUUCUGCAGCACCUUGGGGAUCUGCUUUAAUUCUACCAAUUUCAUACACAUACAUUGCUAUGAUGGGCUCUAAUGGCCUUACUGAGGCAUCAAAACAAGCUAUCUUGAAUGCAAACUACAUGGCUAAGCGUUUGGAGAACCACUAUCCAGUUCUUUUCCGUGGUGUCAAUGGAACCUGCGCUCACGAAUUUAUUGUUGAUUUGAGAGGUUUCAAGAACACUGCUGGCAUUGAGGCUGAGGAUGUUGCCAAGCGUCUUAUGGACUAUGGAUUCCAUGGUCCAACAAUGUCAUGGCCAGUUCCUGGCACACUCAUGAUCGAACCAACUGAAAGUGAAAGCAAGGCAGAGUUAGACAGGUUUUGUGAUGCACUAAUUUCCAUUAGAGAAGAAAUUUCCGAGAUUGAGAAUGGGAAAGCCGAUAUCAACAACAAUGUCCUUAAGGGAGCACCCCAUCCACCUUCACUGCUCAUGGCGAACUCAUGGAGCAAGCCUUACACCCGGGAAUAUGCUGCAUACCCUGCUUCCUGGCUGCGUGCUGCCAAGUUUUGGCCAACUACAGGACGUGUCGACAAUGUGUAUGGUGACCGAAACUUGAUCUGCACCCUUCUCCCGGCAAAUCACUAUGAGGAAGAGAAGGCAGCCACUGCUUAAAACACUCUUCAACCAUUUGGCUUAGUUGCCAAGAAAUUUGUUUCUUAAAGUCUUCUUGUAUAUAAAAUGCAUUUGUGUCAUUGGAAUUAUAAUCUCCUAUGUUCAUCACUUAAGGGAUACAUGCUCUUCCUCUUCCUCUCUUCCUCAAAGAAAUAGAAAUGUCAUUUAUAUAUUCUUCUUUA